AUGUCCGGUGUCAAUUAUUCGCGUUCAUUACUGCUAGAAAUCGUGAGCUAUAAGUUAGUCGAAAAGUCGGAAUUGCUGUUCUUGAUCAUUGGUACACUACUGACCCAAUUCGACUCGAGGGCUUUGGCACAGACAAACACUCCCACUACUUCACCAGGUCGACAACCUUUAGCCACCUACUCAGUACCAACAACAGCUGCAGGAACAACAACAUACACUGUGCCAACAACUGCUGGAGGGACAACAACAUACACGUAUGUAGUUCCAACAACAUCCGGAGGAGGUACAACAACUUACACGGUACAAUCGUCUGGAGGUGGCACAACAACUUAUGUUGUUCCAACAACUGGGGGAACAACAACGUACAUUGUACCAGUUUCUGGAGGAGGUACGACAACCUAUAGAGUACCAGCUUCUGGAGGUGGUACCACAACAUAUACCGUGCCAGCUUCUGGAGGUGGUACCACAACCUAUACCGUACCAGCUUCUGGAGGUGGUACCACAACCUAUACCGUACCAGCUUCUGGAGGUGGUACCACAACCUAUACCGUACCAGCUUCUGGAGGUGGUACUACUACCUACAAGGUGCCAACAACUGUUCAGCAGCCAAGCAGAUCCCAAUCACCAGCUGUGAUUGGACCAUUCAGACCAGGAACAUUUGUGCCGUUUGUGCCAAUACAACUGGUCACAAGUGAUGUGAAACCCAACCAACCAGUGGGGACUCCUUACAAGGGACCCUACAAACCCAACACUUUCAUACCCAGUGUGCCUGUGGUGGAUGUCAACUCUGAAAAGCCUCCCAUCACACAAUCCCUCACACCGGAAGGAUCUGCAUCUCAAACCGUAUUUCCGGUCAAAUCCCCAAUUGCAGGAAUCCCUCAACCUUCACCUCCACAGGUUUUUGGAUCAGCUUCACAGAGUCCCUCACCAGUGAAAUUGCCUCAAUCCAGUGCUCCUCAACUCAGCCCACCUGGAUUGUCCCUCAGUUUCUCAGGGCUUCUGGGGUUGGGUUCCUUGGCAAAUAAACCAGCAAAACCAAACCCUGUCAACCAACCAUUCCUCUCAUUCCUAGCAGAGCUCUCCUCCAGUUCCUCGAAACCAAAACCACCGACAGGACCCUCACCUGGCUUCAAGCCCCCUCCAUCAGAGGUCAAUAUUUCCCCUUUUGAGCCAUCUGGUCCGUUUUUCAGUUUCAAAAGCUUUUCCAACAGACCUGCAUCAGCCUAUGGCUUACCAGGAAAUUUCUAAGAUUACUGUGGUUCCUUAUUGCAUUUUCAAGGUCUAGAGUUCCAAACCACCAGCUAAAUGAUCUGAACAAAUUUAUAUUUCUCCUCAAAUCCUAGUCAAAAUUAUUGUUAACUUUGAUGGAAAUUUAUGAGAUUUGACAACUGUUCUAAAUUUGACACCUAAUAUUAUUGCUAUCAUAUUUUAUAAAAAAAAAUCGUUAUUUAUGAAAAAUAUGAUUGAUAAAAAGGUUCAUGCAUGUUUUGAAUAGUCUACUAUUGGUGGUUCACAAUAAAUUAUGAAUGAUGUACUGAUUUAUUUCAACACUACUCUUGUAAAUAGCUUACGGUUUUUUAUUAAAAUUAAUUUUUUUCAAAUAAAACUGAAAA